AUGAAAUCUAAUUCAUUAUCAUCGUACAAAAUUCCAAAUUCCUUAUCUCCACCUAAUUUCUCUAAAUAAUUGAUUUUCUAACAAAAAUAACUAUGUCUAUCAAAAGUUCGAAAAUAAAUGCAAAAUGUUAAUGAUCCUUUCAACUCUACUUAAAUAUCAAAAGCUCUUCGGAAUUUAGAAACUCAAGAAUAAAGAAAGAAGUUAUUAGAUUCUAUAAUUAAGUUGAGGGAAUCAAAGAAAAUAGAGGAUGAGAAAUUAAAACAAUUUUAAAUGUAGAAAUUAUGGGAAAAGGCAAAUCAUACAAAUAGCAAAAAACUUAAUACAGAUUAUUUUUAUCAUAGGGAUUUAGAUGAUUUUGAAUCUAUUAAAUAACAAAGAUUUAGAUUUGAAUCAGAACGAAUUGAGAACUUUUAUAUGAGAAAUGAAGGAAAUCAUCAUAAUUUACAUAGAAUUAGUAGUUUAAAUUGUUUGACAACUGAAUUUGUAAAUUAAAGAAAAGUAGUUUAAUAAACAACAAGAAGGACUAGAAAACAUUUAACUGCAUUUUAAAAUAAACCAAGAGAUCUAAAUAGAUAUACUCCAAUUAUUAAUGAGACUUGA